AAAGCCUGGCUUACUGUUAGUUCUGCAUCGAAUCUCCAAUUUAGUCGUUUGUACUAGCGCUCAGGGUCACCAGCCUCUUUCUAUUCUCACUCUCGACUAUAAUGUCGCUCUGGUUAUCUCGGAUUUCCCCGCUGCGAACGAUCCAACGCUCGAAUGUCCGUCGCGGCAUCGUGUGUGCGGCGGAGCCUUCGACGUGGUUGCGAUCCGGACUGCUCCAUUCUUCAUCGUCCUCCACGAGUCCUUCCGCCGCUAGCCUUCUACUACCGCUGGAGUCACAAGUACCAGUGGUGACUACCGCUGGUGGGAUGAGUCUACCGUCUUUGGCCUUGACGCUCUCGACGGCGUCGCUGGGACAACUCGCGCACGUUAUAUCCAGAAUUGCCGCCGAACUCUGGAACAACGCCAUAUGGUUCAACAAACGGACCUUUCAACCCUCCAUUCUUCGGAAAAAGCGCAAAAUGGGAUUCCUGGUCCGAUUGCGCACCGUCGGAGGACGGCGGGUACUGCACCGUCGACGGGCCAAGGGACGUGCGCGGCUCGGUGGCGGCAUUUGAAUAUCCCAAACGAUCCGCGCAGCCCACGCCUACCUAAUACGAAUUAACGUUUACAUUUGAAUGAACU